UAUAGGUGUUAGACUGGAUAGACCAAUGAAGGGGCAGCGCGUUCUGGUCUCCUUGUCGCUUUCAUUCGUCCUCCUGCUCGCCGUCAAUGGCAGCGCCAUUGACUUUGCGCGGAUGAUCAAGAUGCGGACUGGUAACGCCCCUGCAGCAUACAUUGGCUAUGGCAAUUACUGUGGAUUCCGCGGGAAAGGGCACGCAACUGAUCGAAUAGACUGGUGUUGCCGUGAGCACGAUCUAUGUCUGGAACACUCCAACAAUAACAGUUGUCGAGCGCUGUCCUACUUCAGUUUCUACCUACUGGAUUACAAGUGGGCGAUGUACAAAGGUGCUAUUGUAUGCUCUCAAAAAAACGUCGGCUGCAAGGCCGUCCUUUGUGAGUGUGACAGGAUGGCUGCCGAAUGCAUAGCGGAUAAUAACAGGCAUUACAACAAACAACUGAAGAAACCGAUAAUACAUAAUGUCUUCAAUCUUGCCCCACCCCCCGUGUACUCGCCUCAGUGCCCCACCCUCGGGUACUCACCUCAGAGCCCCACCCUCCGUGUACUCACCUCAGUGCCCAACCCUCCGUGUACACGAGGAAAGGAUGUUCGUGUUACUUUAUUAAUUCCUCCGUGUACUCGACUCAGUGCCCCACCCUCCGUGUACUCAUCUCAGUGCCCCACCCUCCGUAUACUCGCCUCAGUGCCCCACCCUCCGUGUACUCGACUCAGUGCCCCACCCUCCGUGUACUCGAUUCAGUGCCCUACCCUCCGUGUACUCGACUCAGUGCUCCACCAUCCGUGUACUCGCCUCAGUGAUAUUCAAGAAUCACAAAGAUUUAAAACAUUGCAGUACUACGGUACAACAUCGUUCCCAUGA